AAUGGCGAGAACCAAGCAGACCGCGCGUAAGUCCACCGGCGGCAAAGCGCCUAGGAAGCAGCUGGCUACCAAAGCGGCACGUAAAAGUGCUCCAGCCACAGGCGGCGUCAAGAAACCUCAUCGAUACAGGCCCGGAACUGUGGCUCUGCGAGAGAUCCGGCGUUACCAGAAGUCCACCGAGCUGCUGAUCCGCAAGCUGCCCUUCCAGCGUCUGGUGAGGGAAAUCGCUCAGGAUUUCAAGACCNAGGAUUUCAAGACCGACCUGCGCUUCCAGAGUUCGGCUGUUAUGGCGCUGCAGGAGUCAAGUGAGGCCUAUCUGGUUGGUCUGUUUGAGGACACCAACCUGUGCGCCAUUCAUGCCAAGCGAGUCACCAUCAUGCCUAAAGAUAUUCAGCUGGCUCGCCGUAUCCGUGGUGAACGUGCAUAAACUGGUUUUCAUUGACGGUCCCGCCCUCCCUAGUUUGUGCGGAGAGAAACCAAAGGCUCUUUUAAGAGCCACUUCAAUAUUCCUAAAAAAGCAAAUGUACCUAGUACAGUUCUCAGUUGGUUACUUGCUGGUUCCGUUGUAAGUGAAACUUAACGUGAACGUACUUUCUAUUUUGCAUGAUUGUUUUCGUUUAGUGUGUGUGUGUGUGUGUGUGUGUGUGUGUGUGCACAACUACAAAUCUGUGGUAAGAUGGGUUUAUUGUGUAAAUUUUAAAUUACAAACAUUUUAGGUCUGAGACCUCGGGGCCAUAUCUAAUCUUUCCAAAAAAAAAGUCAAGCCCCAGGUACACAUGACUUUGCCCCAGAUCUCUGCAGUGACUAGAAACUCCAAUUCAAUUCUUUUUAUUGUGUACAAGUAUGAGUACUGUGUACAAUGACAUGCUUGCUUGCAUGUGCUCCUGCAGACAAUGAACAUAGACACAAGAUGGAUAGACAACAGGAUGAUAAGUGAAUGUAAUGAUAAUGUACCUCCUGGUAUGAAUGACAAUUUGUGGAAGUUGGUCAUUUAUAGUGGAAACUCCUAUUUGAAAAUUGGAAUUUCUAAUUGGAAGCAUCUUAUUGCAUGAAAAAAUCCAAAUGCACAAAACACAAUGGAUAAUAAACCUCUCUUAAACUGG